CAGGCGGGCGGGAGGGGGCGCGUGGCGCUGCUCGGAGAGCGCUCCUCCGCCCAGCUCGGUCCCUGUGCCCCGCUCCGCCCGUGCCUCGCUGCCCGCGCCGAGCUUCGGGCGUCCACAGCGCGCCCGUCGCCCGUGCUGCCAGCUCCACCCGGGGCUGUGCCGCACACCCCGCCUCCUCCCUUUCCGCUAUCGGACACGCAGCCGCAGGCCGGGGCCCGGCCGCAGCUCGGGAGUCAGGGGCGCGCGCAGCCAGCCCUUCCCCCUCCGGCUCCCGCACCGCUCGCCGCCUCCCCUCGCCCUCCUCCUUUCCCUUCCCUGCUCCUUUGCCGCUUCCUCCUCCUCCUCGCCCGGCCCCAGCUGCCAGCAUCAUGUCCGCAGGGGGAGAUUUUGGGAACCCGCUGCGAAAAUUCAAGUUGGUGUUCCUAGGGGAGCAGAGCGUCGGGAAGACGUCUCUCAUCACGAGGUUCAUGUACGACAGCUUCGACAACACCUACCAGGCAACCAUCGGGAUCGACUUCUUGUCAAAAACCAUGUACUUGGAAGACCGUACGGUCCGACUGCAGCUCUGGGACACCGCCGGGCAAGAGAGGUUCCGCAGCCUGAUCCCCAGCUACAUCCGGGACUCCACGGUGGCUGUGGUGGUGUACGACAUCACUAAUCUCAACUCCUUCCAGCAGACUUCUAAAUGGAUUGAUGACGUCCGGACAGAGAGGGGCAGUGACGUGAUCAUCAUGCUUGUGGGCAACAAGACAGACCUGGCUGACAAGAGGCAGAUAACCAUCGAGGAAGGGGAACAGCGGGCCAAAGAACUGAGCGUCAUGUUCAUUGAGACCAGCGCGAAGACCGGCUACAACGUGAAGCAGCUCUUCCGACGUGUGGCAUCAGCUCUGCCCGGCAUGGAGAAUGCCCAGGAGAAGAGCAAAGAAGGGAUGAUUGACAUCAAGCUGGACAAGCCACAGGAGCCCCCGGCCAGCGAGGGCGGCUGCUCCUGCUAAUGCACAGCCCACUCGGCUUCCUCAAGGCCACUCGUUUUUUUGCCUCCUAUCGGUUAGCUUCCUAACGGGGUGGGAACUGAGUUUAUCAAGACGGGAGGAUCUUUCUUUUCUCUCUCUCUAGGAGUAGGGUGGGACACGGGGAGGGAGGCUGGGCAUCAGGGACCACGUCACUCUUAACAGCUGUUACCUAAACAACUAUUUUUUGGUUUGGUUGUAAUAUAUUGUACUUUAUUAAGAUUGCCAAAAACUGUUAAAAUUUAAAAAAAAAAUUUAAAUCAUGUGUAUACAACUUUUUGCCAGAUAAGAAAAGUAGUCAUUUUUAUUUGAAAGAAGUGCUUUUUUUGUUUGUUUGUUUGUUUUUGUAUAUUUGUAAACUUACAGAGAACCCCUCCAUGCACCCCUUCCUUCUUGUUCUCUUGGAGUCAUGUGCCACCUCUAUUCUCCUCCUACCCCCAGCCCAGAAAAUUAAAGCAAUUAACUGAACAGUAGUAAUUAAUUCUCUAAUUCCAGUUCUGGGUCUCAUGGCCCAAACCAACUGAGCCCGGCACUCCACACAGUCAAAUCAGACUUUAAUCUGACAAAACAGCCUCUGAGGGGGUAUUAUCGAGUCCGUCCUCGAGGCAGAGUGGGACACAUUAGCAGGCCCCUGAGAGGAAACGAAGGCCCGUGGACUGUAGCUUUAGCAGCAGGCCCCUUGGCUGCUUCUGCCUCUUCUCCUUCCCUGAAAAAAAAACCAUAGAGCCAGAAAACACAGGCGACACGUGUGUUCUCUGGGCUGACCCAGUGAGGAGCAGAGCAGGAAGUGACUGCAAGGAUGGGGUGCUCUUGGCAGCUGAGGGCUGGGGCAGUGUGCCAUCUACUGGCCCAACCGUUGGCACACGUGGUGAGGCUGACUCCGGCCAACUCAAUGUGUGAUGCUGGGUGGCUCAGGGACGCCGAAGCUUAGGGCACCUGUCGUCAUCACGGCAGCUACCUUGAGGACGUGAGAGGAGUCGGCCAUGACUCCGAACACUCCAUGUUUUCAGACCCUUGGUUACUAAUCUUGCCGAAUGUUGUUCUGGAAAAGCUGGUUCCUUGACGUGUUCUCACCCCUGGCACAGUACAUUUGAAAUCUUUGAAUGAAUCCCUUUGGGAGUGUUGUGGCUGCACGAGCAGCUUGGAGUCGCUGUGGGGUUUCCGGAAGGCUGCCCAGGGCACUGCAUCCUGCCUCCCCGCAGCCUAUCCUUCCUAUAGCCACUUAUUCCCCACACUGUUUCUGUCUUGAAGACCUUCAGAGUCUCUAUCAGAGUGCUCUUCUCAAAGCAAAUUAGCUCUCACAUUCUAGACGGUCCCAGACUCGCUGCCCCUGUCUACCUUUGGGCAGGCCUGGGGCAGUGACUCUAAUCAGAACACCCCAGCCCCAUAGCGUUGCCCUUUCUUCCGGACUGCUGAUGGGCAGAGCGAAUUGCCUCCACAGGGCAGAACUCCAACAAGGAAGUUGGGAUGAAUUAUGGAAUCUCUCAAAAAUGAGUUCAAAAUGGCAGCCUGCGUGGCAGGGGCGAUUCUGAGUGGGCCUGUUAUGUUCCUCCAUCCUGGGAGACAGUGUCAGAGCCAGUUCUGAUGCAGAAGAGAGGAAGCAGGCCCUCCCCUGGGUACCUCUUCCAGAAGGCAAGGACCAACAUACGAGCAUAAUUGAAAUGUCACGUGUUUAGUUUUUAUAUGUGUGUACAUAAUUAUACAUAGAUAGACUUGUGUAUACACCACACACACACACAUCCUCACACAUACAUGUGCUCAAUGUAUAUCGUCUCUCCCGCUCACAACUUGGAACUUGCAUUGUGAUUCCGGUUUUUGGAAGUUCAGAAGUAUGCAGUGUAUUGAAAUAAGAAAUAAUUCAAUAUUGUCAAAUAACUUGUGGUUGUCUUGCCUUCAAUAAAAUAGUGCAUAGAUGUGUUAAACUACAAGCAAAAAUAGUCCACGGAACUACCUUUAUCACUGCUGUAUGUACCUGUGUGCCCAGGUGUGCAUGCCGUCGUGGACCAGUGUCCCCCAGCGUGGACACCCCACCUACGUGGUACUUGUUGGAAGAAAGCGUACUUACUCUGUGGUGACAGCAGCCUGGUUGGCAGUGAGGGACUUUGCUGGUGGCCUCUGGCAGAGCCCCACUGACAGCACUCUACUGGCUCUCACUGAAUGAAUGUAGGGUGGAUUUUAACCUUCUUGACACUGAAUAACCGUUCUUGUAUUCCUGUAACUCGAAUUACAAACUCUGUUUCUCUUCUCUUGUGCACACAAUCUAAGGCAUCAUGGCAGAUGCCAUUUCUGGUUGAUCUGGCCUAAGGAGCCCCGCCUUUCUAGCUUGCACACAAAGUCCCUUCUUGAGUUUAGGCUCUCGCAGCCCUGUGGCCCCUGAGAAUGAAGGUUCUGUCUCAUCGCUCUCCCACCCCAGAGGAGCCCUGGCCUUCUUUUCCUCAGCCAAGCUCUCCAUCUCCUUCCCAUAGGCAAUCAAGGCAGCCAGGCCCCAACAGAACUGUAUUGGACCUGGGCUUUCCUUUUGACCACCACCACCAUCCUACUUGUAGGUAGGAUCUGGUCAGCUUCUCUUAAAGAUGCCCUGAAAUUACCUGUGUCCCCAUCUUUGCUAAAUUCAGAUCAGAGGACAAAAUGGAGGAUUCCUCUUAGAGCAUGAUCUCAACGUAGUAAUUCUCUCUCUGGACACUGUGCCUGGCCUGGCAGAUGGGCGUGGCCCUCUUCCUUUAGGAGCCUUGAAGGAGAGUUGUCAGUAAAGCUGUGAGCUGUGUAGACAUUGAAAAGGCAGGUAAUGUAGCUGUAUACACAUCUGCAGACCAAAACGAAGGUGUGACAUCGGUGUCCUGAGUGCUAGCUAGUACAGUUGUGGAGUCAGAGAUUAGAAUGUUGGAUGGUUAGAGCCUUGCUGCCAUCAGUCACUGCUUCUCGUCACCAUCUUUAAACAUUUGGUAGUAUCUCAAGAUCCAGGAAGCCAUGGCCACAUCAGUUCAGUGUCUCAGGCAACAAAGACGAGGAUUGCAAGGGGGUAGCUAGGAGUAUAGACACCUGGGCCAAGUCUCUAACCCAGUGGCUAACCAACGUCAGAGAUCUAAGCGCUGCUGGCUUCAGCAUCCUGCAGGCAGAGCAGUUUAUCCCUUCUCCAUAUGGACGGGGGAGAGGCUGUCAGCAAAGUAGCUGAAGAUGGUAAGUUAGAGCUACACAAGAGCCAGUUAACAGGAGUCUGUCUGCGUGUGCAUGUGUCAUAUGCUCAGGGCCCGAUGCUCACUAGUUUCCAAACUACCUCUCCCCCAAGAAUGGGAGGCGCCGUCACCUUGCCACAGCACUGGGAACCAAACCCUUCCUGGUUCACAGGUGGGAGAACCAGAACAGACAAGGUCACCUACAAGCCAGGGAUGAUCAGAACUAGUGCUGGCAUUCUUGAUCCAUUGCUGACCUGCGGUGGAGACAGGCCUGCUGUGCCCAUGUCCCUUAAGCCGUCUCAACUCUGUGGCUAGUACAUAAGGGUAUUCCCAGUUUGACUAGCUAGAGAGAAGAUAGGUGCAUUUUGGGCUCUCACUGUAAAGAAAGAGUAGUCCCCAAAUCUACUUGCAUUGUCUUGUGUACACACACACACACACACACACACACACACACACAGAACAGUAGUCAGGGUACCCUUUUAAAUUUUGUUUGAAAUCAACUUCGCUGUUUUGAAAUCUUGCAGUUUCAAUGCGCACACACUCCUCGGACUCCGGACCCUGUCUGAUUUGACACUCUCAGCAGGGUAUGAUUAUCAGGAAAUCCUUGCAGCUGGAGUUCAGAUGGGCCCUUCAGGAGGCAGGAAGGCUCCAAAGCAACGAAGGCCAGCCUGCCUGUUGUGAUGUGUUGACUUCUCACCUCACCUGUCCUUUUAAAGUGGGGAGCAGAGGGCGGCAUUCCCAUCUGUACUGGGCUCAGAAGGCACAGUGGCCAUAUUGACUUUACAUUCAACUGUGUAAUAUGUGGAAAAGACUCAGCAUGUUGGUCAAACAAUAAACUGUCCUAAUUCUCGA